UGUCUCAAUGUUGGGUGUGUGUGGGGAUAAAGUGAAUGUCACACUGAUUUCAAAAGUCUUUCGCAAUCUGUGGGCUCAGAAUCCUCCCACUGCGGGCGUAUUUAACCCGCUGGACGCUUUCAAACCACCUGUAGCGGAUCUGUGUCCUCCAACGGAUAUAAACCUCCGAAAGCCACCAAGACACCGGGCACGAAGCCCCUGUGACGGGAGACAUCUUCUGUUUUCAUUGUUUUUUUCUUAUAUCAUUAUAUUUUUUGUAUUUGUAUGAAUGUUAAUUAAGAAGAGAACUAUGUUACUGACGCACCGACUCUUCUUCCUAUUGAUAUUAAUCUCGACUUCAGCUGUAACAGAGAUAGAUGCAAAUGCCACAGGCUCACCCACUAGUGAUCCCACCAUGACUGUUGCACCAAGCAUUCCAUCUGGGAAUACAAGUACAGCAUUCCCAAACAGUGCUACAACUUCAGCUCUGUUGACAACACGUCGUGGUGAUGUCACUUCUCUACUCUCAUCUACUCAAGACAGCAUUUCGAGCUCAUCCACAACUCCACUAGUUAAUGCUACAAGCUCAUCAGUGAGUACAUCAGGAAAUGCCACAACUUCACCUGCACCUGUAGCCAACAUCACAAGUCCACUUGAACCUACAGCGGGGAAUGCAACAACCGAUCCUGUAACUGCACCAGGGGACAGCACAACUACUAAUUUCCUUGAGUCAGGCAACAGCACAUCUCUACCCCACACUACAAGUGGCAAUUACACAUCUCCUCUCAUUAGCUCACCAGGCUACACCACUGCUCCAUCCAUUACAACCCCAAGCAAUGUCACAAUUACCGCCCAAACCACAUCAGGUAACGAUACAACAGCAAACUAUGCCACGACGUCACCCUCAGCCACACACUUACCAACACCAGAGAACAAUGCAACAGGGAGCGCUACCACACCACCCAUCACUACACCAGGGAACUUUACAACAGGUGACGCUACUUCACCACCCUUAACUUCAUCAGGAAGUAAUACAACAGGGAACGCUACUGCAUCACCCAUGACUACACCAGUAAAUGCUACUACACAACCCUUAAUUACAACAGGGAAUGGUACAACGGAGAGUCCUUCUAGACCAUCCAUGACUACACCAGUGAAUUCUACUAUACCCCCCAUUUCUACACCAGAAAGCAAUACAUCAGGGAAUGCUACUGCACCAUCUAUGACUACACCAGUAAUUGCUACUACACAACCCUUAACUACACCAGAGAACAAUACAACAGGUAACACUUCUGCACCAUCCAUGACUACACCAGUGAGUGCUACUACACAACCUUUAACUACUCUAGAAAACAAUGCAACAGUAAACGCCACCACACCACCCAUGACCACACCAAUACAUGCUACUACACCACCCAAAACUACUCCAGGGAGCAAUACGACAGUAAAUGCUACCACACCACACAUCAGUACAACAACGAACAAUGCCACAGUAAAUGCUACCACACCACACACUACUACACCAGGGAGCAACACAACAGUAAAUGCUACUACACCACCCAUAACUACACCCUGGAGCAAUACCACUGUAAAUGCAACUACACCCCACUUUACUUCACCAGUGAGCAAUUCAACAGUAAGUACUACCACACCACUCAUAACCACACCCGGGAACCAUACCACAGUAAAUGCUUCAACACCACCACCCAUAACUACACCCGGGAACCAUACCACAGUAAAUGCAACUACACCACUCAUAACUACACCAGGGAGCAAUACAACAGUAAAUGCUACUACCCCACAAAGUACCACUCAAGGAAGCAAUACAACAGUAAAUGCUACUACGCCACCUAUAACUACACCCGGGAACCAUUCCACAGUAAUUGCAACUACACCACAAUAUACUACUCCAGGAAGCAAUACCACAAUAAAUGCUACUACACCACAAAUUACUACAACAGGGAGCAAUACCACAGUAAAUGCCACUACACCAACCAUAACUACACCAGGGAGCAACACAACAGUACAUACUACCACACCAUCCACUAGCACACCAGGAAACAAUACCACAGUAAAUGCUACUACACCCUCCAUAACUACACCAGGGAGCAACACAACAGUAAAUGCUACUACACCACACAAUACUACACCCGGAAACAAUUCCACAGGAAAUGCUACAACACCGACAAUUACUACACCAGGGAGUAACACAACAGUAAAUGCUACAACACCACCCAUUACUACACCAGGGAGCAACACAACAGUAAAUGCUACAACACCACCCAUUACUACACCAGGGAGCAACACAACAGUAAAUGCUACAACACCAGCCAUUACUACACCAGGGAGCAACACAACAGUAAAUGCUACUACACCAGCCAUUACUACACCAGGGAGCAAUACCACAGUAAAUGCUACAACAACACCCAUUACUACACCAGGGAGCAAUACAACAGUAAAUGCUACCACACCACCACAAUCUACUCCAGGAAAUACUACUCUACCACCUAUAACCAACUCAACAACUGGACCCAUCGUAUCUACUACUAACCCAACUAACACCACCACACCAGGUACUUGUCCUACAGUGCCCUGCCCAUCACUCAGUGUCUGUGUGAACUCCGUCUGCCAGUGCUUGGCAGGAACUGUUCUUUUAAAUAAUGUUUGUGUGGAAACUAAAACCUUUGCUAGUUCCCUACGAGUGAACCGCACUUUUGAUGAUGCCAUGAAUGAUCCCAAGUCACCUCAAUUUCAGGAAUUUGCAAAUGAGAUCAUGGCUGCGGUAAAUGGAGCCAUGCGUAACCAGAAAAACUACAUUAACUGUACAGUGAUUAAAUUGAUGCCUGGCAGUGUAGUGGCCACAGUUAACAUGCUUUUUGAGCCCAACUCUCAAGUCACCCAGGAAUCAGUUUCAUCUGCCAUAACUACUGCUAUACAACAGUGCAAUAACACAAAUUGUGGGAUUCUUGCUGGUGCACAAUACAGUGAAACUAGUCUGUGUGCUCAAAAUCCUCCUCCUUGUGAUACCGAAACUACAGUGUGUAAUACUAAAGAUGGGUCUGCCAUCUGUACCUGUGUAACUGGUUACAUCCCCAGUCCUUACCAGAUCAAAAGCUGCAGUGCUUGCCCAAGUGGCUCCAAAGCAUAUGAAAAUAAAUGUGUGCCAUGUUCGUUUGGAUAUUCUGGAUUCAACUGUAAUGACUCCUCUCUGUUGGCUCUGGUGGUGGUGGCCUGUGUAUUAGGGGGUCUUCUGCUCAUUGUGAUUGUGGUAGCUAUCAUCUACAUCUGCAAGAGGAAGAAGCCAGACAUCAAUUAUUUCAGCAGCCCCUACUCUGCUGGGGACUACCGGACCCAUUGGACCUCUCAAGAGGUCGGCCAUAUCCCCCGUGCCACUCUCACAUCCACCUCCAGCCAUGAUGUCUCUGGGAACAGUCUGGAGAUGUCUGAAGCGAUGGGCAAAGGGAAAGGGCACAGUAAUGGAUUGAAGAUUGGAGGAAAGACGGGCUCGUAUGAUCUCACUUCAGAUAGCAUGAGAACCUUUAAAGACCCGAACCCUACACGGUACUCUUAUCUGGUGGGUCAUGAAAACCCCUAUUUCAUACCGGGAGAUGAGAAGAGAUGAGGAAUGCAGAAGAGGAAAGUAAGAGGACAAGAGUGCAAUAAUAAUAACGUGAAUUAUAAAAAGGCCUUGGAUCAAAACAUUUCAGGAAAGAUUAACCACACAGCUGACUCAGUGCAUACAUGCAAACAGCUUUAGAGAGAUUUAUCGUUUUUAAUAUUUUAAAAUGCAGCUUUUAUUCUAAAUUCUAUUACCCAGGAUAAAAUGCUCGCUUCCUAUAAGUGCAUUGAUGAUUGGGUUUCUUUUUCCACAAGUUUGACUGGUGUGUUUUAUGUAUGAGGAUGAGAGAUGAACACAGAACACUCUUUUUUCUGUUCAUAUGUCUUUAUUUUUUUAGAAUGUUUCAUCUGCACAUUUCAUAUCCAGUGUUUGUUAAUAUUUCAAAGAUCAUCCGUAUGUUGCUAUGGUUUUCAUCUCAGAACACUUUACUAUAAAAGGAUGUAAUAUUGAACCAUGUAAGUGAUCGUUGAUGACUUAACCAGUCAUAUGUUGCAUGCAUGGUUUUUUAGCAAUAGUAAAAUCUACAUAUGGGUCAAAUUAUAGAUUUGUUUUACAUUGUAUUUAUAUUUUUUAACAUAUUCCAGAUUUUCAAAUAGUUGUAUCUCUGCCAAAUAUUGUCUUUUCUUUACAAACCAUAUGCAAACGUAUUUAUUUAACUUUCAGGUCUUAUUUUUUCUUCCUAAAUUUUGACACUUAUGACUAGUUUUGUGGUCUAUGGUCACAUUUUAUUGAAAUUAUUCUGUUAUUGCAAUAAAUUAGGGGCAUAAUAUUCAAUAUAAUCCAGUUUCUUGUUUUUAAAAGGCAUCUAAUCAAUCCAGUAAUUGCACUUUUAAGGAGAAAGGGUGUCUGUAUUUGUGUCUGUGUGUGUUUUAAGUUAUAUGACAAUGCCCUCUGAUAUAUUCAGUUCUGUCAUGACAACGUUUGAAGAGAGUAUAGUUAUAUGUAUAUGGAAACGUUUGUAAUCAAUGAUUAUUGGUGCAGAGCUUGUACUUCUAGACCAUUUCAAUGUGGUCAUGUCAUUGGCCCAUGAACAUUUCCUGCUUAUCAAAUUAUUUCAUAACUGUAACAAGAGGCAAUUUAAUCAUAACUUAAUGUUAAAACAGCUGCCAUAACAUUAUCAAUAUGUGGCUCUUUUUGGAUUCUCUGAAGCUAUAGAAAUGAAAAAUGUAAAACAGGAAAUACAAUAAGACCAUUGCUUUUGUUUGCAUCCCUUAAAAUGGUCUAUACUGCCAGUAUUUUCACAAACAUAUACUGUCUGAGAAUGUAAAACGCUUCUGCUGCAAACAUAACAUACAUAAACCUCCUAUAGCAGAUCCAUACACAGGUGGAGGAUGGUAGAAGUAAAUGCAUGGCAGAAUGCUAAUGUAAAUGACACUGAGGUAUUUAAAUAUUGAGGAUCAAGCUCAUUGGCUGAUGAAGGGACAGCAACCAAUCAUGCAGUUGGAAACAUAGAACUUAUGGGCCUGCCCAAUCCGCCUGUUAAGUGUGACGUCUUGCAAAUCAGCUUACGGGUCCAAGCACUCUAUCAAACUGUAUGGGGAGACUCGACAAAUAAUAAUAAAAAACAUUUACAAAAUGAUAUAAUACCUUCGAUUAUAUCGCAAUCACAAUACAUAAAUAUCCAUACCUAAUAUCCGUUGGCCUAAAAGUAAUACAUUUUUAUAAAUUGGUAAAAUGUUGGUAUUUGUAAUGCAGAAAGUCCAGAGAUGGUUGUGUACAGCAUGAUUUGAUAUAAAAUUCCCUUUAAUGUGUGAUAGGACUAAAAAGUGGCCAUAUAAUAUUUUCUUAGUUCAAAUGAGUAGGGGCUUGGACCCGGAAACAGUAUUUCCUACAUCACAACUUAACAAGUGGAUAGAGUUUCAUGACAGAACAUUGUAUUUAUGACUUUUUGGUAUAUACAUAUAUUUCUCCAAAGAAUUAAUUUAUUUCCUGCCAGGACAAUGCAUGCCAGCAGAAAUUGAUCUCUGUGCCUGACUUUGACGUGGUCUUUCGAAUAGGAGAAAUAUGAAUUAAAGAGGAGUUUUCUUUUAAUCAUGUCUCCUCUGUAGACGUGCCAAUAAUCAAAUUUAUGUACACCAGAACCUGACAGUGUUUAUUUAACUGUCUGUUUGCUACAUAUAGACUUAUUUAUGUGUCACUGGGAUGUUUUCUAUCUGUACAUAAGGCUUUUGUAAAAAUAAAUGCUCUUGGGACAGAGUGAUUAUUCAUGUUGUUCUGUAUGUUGAAACUAAAUAAAUUAAUAUAAAGAUGUAGUUAUCUAAAA